CAGUUAUAAGCCUCUACGAAAGGCACAUUGCCAUACUCACCGUCUAGAUGGACCGUGAUCACGAAUCCGACUACCCUUCGAAGCGACCUCGGCUGAACUCGCCUCCAAUUUCACGGGCAGUAUCGACGCCAGAAGAGUUUAACUUCGAAUUUGAGCAGCACCUUACUGCUAAAGCAGAACCAUAUCCUAAUUUUAUAUCAUUCGUACUACAGGAUGCUAAACGCAAUGAAAAAUGGCUUUGUUGCGAUAGCAAUGCCCAAGUGGAUGUCUCAUGUAGUCCAGCUUCGAAGCAGAGUGAGACGGUUUGCUUUGGAAUGAUAUCACAUAUAUCAGGCACAUGUGAGCUAUUGGGGAUAUUCGAUAUUCUACCCGAGUUUCCUGUUCAGCUUGACAGUUCAGAUCGCUUUAGUAUAAAAGGUGACGAGAAAAUGGACGGUCGUAUUCAGUCAAUACACGGUCAGAUGAUACAGGGUUUACUUGAUGAGCAAACCCUCGAUCUCCACGUGAACUGCGUCCUGAAUACGCAGCCAGCAAGGAGUAAAUCAUUCCGAAAACUCAACCUGCUACAAUGUACAUUGGAGAUCACGAUAUAUGGGCCAAUGGAUCUCUACGAUGAAAUCGGCAGUUGGUUUCAGGACUACGAAAUUUACCUUCAGGAUCCUCGUACAUGCCAUUUGGAUGUUAAAUACUACAAUCCUCAAAGACUUUCAUCGGACAAUCUUGAAUCCUGCCCUUUGGUUUCAGAGGUAAUAAACAUGACAUCGUCAUUAAUCCCUCUCCAGCAUGUCGCCGAGCAGACCGACAUGCUAGAUGUUCUUAGCAACAGAGCCGACUUAGAAGAGACACCACAACCAGAGGCUAUCAGAACAACAUUGAAGAGACAUCAAAAACAGGCUCUUACGUUCAUACUUGGUCGAGAAAAGGGCUCGGUAAAUGCUAAGGGAUGCAAAGAUAUCUGGGAAACUGUUAUCAAUGACCAGGGACGAGUAUUCGUUAACACAAUUGCAAAUACUUGCCAGACCGAGGAGCCCCCGCAGUUCAACGGCGGCAUUAUUGCAGAUCCAAUGGGUCUUGGUAAAACUUUGGUGAUGAUCGCCUUAACGACCACUGAUGUUGACCCUCGCUACGGACUCAGAGCUUUGGAUACUGAGGAAGAAAUAGAGAGGUUCAGCACACCGGCUACGCUCAUCAUCAUUCCCCCGCCAUUGAUUGGUAGCUGGGAGGAACAACUAACUGGGCACGUCUUCGGAGAUCGUCUGAAGUUUUGCCGCCACCAUGGCAAAACUAGACUAAGAAGUCUAGCAGAACUUCAAAACAUGAACGUAGUAUUAACAACAUUCCAUACCGUUUCCGCGGAGUGGAAGGGGAACGCGAGGGCGGACGACUCGAUUUUAUUCGCAGUUCGCUGGCGUAGGAUCAUAUUAGACGAAGCACAUUUCAUUAGAAAUGGAAAUUCAAGGAUGUCCCAAGCUGUGUGCGCGCUCGAAUCUGACUCUCGAUGGGCUGUUACGGGUACUCCAAUACAGAACCGGCUUACUGAUCUGGCAACGCUACUAAAAUUUAUCCGAGCCCAUCCAUACGAUGACCCUAGACGGUUUGAAGCAGAUAUCUCGAAUCUUUGGAAGGUAGGAGAAGAGGAAGAGGCUGUUCGAAGGCUCAAGCGGCUUUCAACGUUCCUCCUAUUCCGUCGACCUAAAGGAACCAUCAACCUUCCUCCUCGGCGGGAUCUACUUUUACCGAUUGACUUCAACCAGGAGGAAAGGCAGGUCUAUGAUGGUAUGCGGAAUCAGGUUAUCACCAGAAUCGAUGAAGCUCUGCACGACGCCACUAGAGCGCCCAGGACUGGUUCAUAUUGCAACGCCCUCCAGCAAAUUGAGUCAUUGCGACUCUUUAGCAACCUAGGAUUGCACUACCACUCAAGAAAUCAAAAGGACGGGAGUUUGCUUUCGGUUCCCGAAGAGUGGCCUAAGGUAGCCCAGCGCACCUUCGACUCCCAAAGAGAGAUAACUCCCUUCGUCUGCAUGCAGUGCUCUUCAGCAGUUGAACUAGCAGAAGAAUGGUUGAAUGGGUCGAACGUAAUCCGGCAAAGCGGACAAUUUUUCGAAUGUUUGAAGUAUGUCUGCGGUGAUUGCGUGGAUAAGAUUCACCGGCGCAAGCGUCCGGUGAGCUGUGGUCAUGUUCCCUCGUGUGCUGUAGCCCCUGUUUCGACGAACAGCACCACUCUAGAGGAGACGCCAGAUCUUGUCGCAGCUGAAAUGGGCUCGCCUUCGGCCGGUCUUUCCUCGAAGAUUAAAGCUCUAGUAACAGAUCUUAAGAGUGGAUCCGUCGGUGUCAAAUGUGUUGUAUUCUCUACUUGGAGACUUACACUCGACAUCGUUCAAGCCGGAUUGAAUGAUGCGGGAAUACGUAGCAUCCGCUUCGACGGCAAGGUUCCUCAAAAAGAUAGACAAUCGGCCAUAGACAGUUUCAGGACAGAUCCGAGUAUCAGGGUCAUGCUGCUCACCCUCUCAUGUGGCGCAGUUGGUCUCACCCUCACGGUAGCAUCGCGUGCUUAUCUAAUGGAACCACAUUGGAACCCGACUCUCGAAGAGCAAGCCUUAGCACGAGUCCAUCGGCUCGGACAGACGGAGGAAGUCACAACUGUGCGUCUCUAUAUACGCGACUCGUUUGAGGAGCAAGUUAUGCAAGUGCAAGAGUCGAAGAAGCAGCUUGCUGGCGUCCUAUUAUCACCACAUGAUGGGAAGAACACGGAUAACAGCCUGGCAGGGCUAGAGAAAUUGCGCGCAUUGCUUUGAUGUUAGGUAUCGAAUAAGUGAGAGGGCGUAAGUAGAUUGGUUGUAAGGGGGGUUCUCGUUGUUCUACGUAUUAUUAACACUGUCUGCACUGUGGGCUAGAUAACCCCUAUCUUUGUGACUGGCAGUUGUCUCCAGCCGCUAGUUAGGGAUCAGGAGAUAGGGUAUAGCUUCGUAUGACUUGAUAGACCAGAUCCAGAGUAUAGAGCACGAAUGAUACAUGAUUU